AUGAACUCUCCAAGCACAAGUCCUGCUCAAAAACAACACAAUGGAGAGUCUGAUGAAGAACCCGCGCCGCAGCAGGAUUCUUCCGUUCGGCAGAGUCCUGACAAAGAAGGGGGAGGAGGAGAACGUGACGCCGGCGGCAGUGAUGCAGGAAACGGCAGCUCUGACAACAGUAGUAGCAGCGAGGACGAAUGCGACGCCGCCUUGAGGAAGAUUAGGAGCAGCGUGUCUCAGAUCACGAGGUCCACGGAGCAACCGCUACCAGAUAGCGGAGAACCCGACGCGUCCAGAUCCAGAAGUAGGUCCAAAUCCAGAGAGCCGGACAGAGACAGAGACAGAUCCAGAUCCAGGAGUCCGGACAGAUCCAGGGGACGGGAGCGCUCCAGGUCCAGAGAUCGUUAUGACAGAGGACAGCGCACUAGGGACCGCCACCGUGACGGCGAGCGGCGUCGGGAACGAGAGCGGCGGGGCCGUAGCCCUUCCCCCCCGCCCGCCAAGAAGAAAAAGGAGGAGCUGGACCCCAUCCUGACCAGGACGGGCGGCGCCUACAUCCCACCCGCCAAGCUGCGCCUCAUGCAGCAGCAGAUCACCGACAAGAGCAGCUUGGCCUAUCAGAGGAUGAGCUGGGAGGCACUGAAGAAGUCCAUCAACGGUCUGAUCAACAAAGUCAACGUGUCCAACAUUGUCAACAUCAUCCAGGAGAUCCUGCAAGAGAACAUCGUGAGGGGGAGGGGUCUGCUGGCCCGCUCGGUACUGCAGGCGCAGGCGGCCUCUCCCAUCUUCACGCACGUUUACGCUGCCGUGGUGGCCAUCAUCAACUCCAAGUUCCCGCAGAUCGGCGAACUCAUUCUCAAGCGACUCAUCCUCACCUUCCGACGCGGGUACCGGCGAAAUAUCAAGCAACAGUGCCUGACCUCGUCCAAGUUCGUGGCCCACCUCAUCAACCAGAACGUGGCCCACGAGGUGCUUUGUCUAGAGAUGCUGACGCUGCUUCUGGAGCGGCCCACCGACGACAGCGUGGAGGUGGCCAUCGCCUUCCUUAAAGAGUGCGGUCUCAAGCUCACCGACGUCUCUCCGCGUGGCGUUAACGCCAUCUUCGAGCGCUUGCGCAACGUCCUGCACGAGUCGGCCAUCGACAAGCGCGUGCAGUACAUGAUUGAGGUGAUGUUCGCCAUCCGCAAGGACGGUUUCAAGGACCACCCGGUCGUCCCCGAAGGGCUGGACCUGGUGGACGAGGACGACCAGUUCACGCACAUGCUGCCGCUGGACGACGACUACAACGGCGACGACGUCCUCAAUGUCUUCAAGAUGGACCCGGACUUCCAGGAAAACGAGGAGAAGUACAAAACGCUUAAGAGAGACAUCUUGGACGAGGGAAGCGGCGACUCCGGGGAGGAAGGAGACAGCGAGGACGACGACGACGAUGAUGAAGAUGGAGAUGACAAGCAGGAGGGCGAAGACGAGAAGGUGACCAUCUUGGAUCAGACCGAGGUCAACCUGGUGGCGUUCAGGAGGACCAUCUACCUAGUCAUCCAGUCCAGUUUGGACUUUGAGGAGUGCGCUCACAAGCUGAUCAAGAUGGACUUUCCCGAGAGCCAGACGAAGGAGCUUUGCAACAUGAUCCUGGACUGCUGCGCUCAACAGAGGACCUACGAGAAGUUCUUUGGACUGCUGGCAGGGAGGUUCUGUCUACUGAAGAAGGAGUACAUGGAGAGCUUUGAGGCCAUCUUCUCCGAGCAGUACGAGACCAUCCACAGGCUGGAGACCAACAAGCUGAGGAACGUGGCCAGACUCUUUGCUCACCUGCUCUACACAGAUUCCGUCCCCUGGAGCGUUCUGGAGUGCAUCAAGAUCAGCGAGGAGACCACCACCUCGUCCAGCAGAAUCUUUGUCAAGAUUCUCUUCCAGGAGCUCUGCGCCUACAUGGGGCUGCCCAAACUUAACCAGCGCUUCAAAGACGUGACCCUGCAGAGUUUCUUCGAAGGUCUUUUCCCCCGCGACAACCCCAGGAACACGCGAUUUGCCAUCAACUUCUUCACCUCCAUCGGCUUGGGAGGACUCACGGACGAGCUGAGGGAACAUCUGAAGAACGCGCCCAAGAUGAUCAUGACGCAGAACCAGGAAGUAGAAUCUUCCGACUCUUCGUCCUCCUCCUCCUCCUCCUCGUCCUCUUCUUCGUCUUCCUCGGACUCGUCCAGCGAAUCCGAUUCGUCCUCGUCCGGCAGCGGCUCGGGUACGUCCGCCGCUCACUCGGACGAGAAACGCAAGAAGAAGAAGAGGAAGCGGAAGGGAGCGAGCGACAAGAAGGACAAAAAGAAGAACCCGCGACGCGGAGGGGACGGGAAAGGACGUCGACGGGAGGAGGAGGAGGAAGAGAGGGCACGGCGGAAAAAGGAGACGGACAAACGACGGAGGGACCAAGGCGACGGGAGGAGAAGGAGUGAGGAAGACAAGAGAGGGAGGCGGGAAGACAAACGAGGGAGGGGUAGAGAGGAGGAGAGGAAUAAGGAGAACAGAGACGGCAACCGUGCCGACAGGAGGAGGCGCUGA